AUGUUUUCUCGGCACUACCUUAGUUCUCGCGCCAUUCUCACUCCUACAAAUGCUGUGGUAGAUGACAUCAAUUCUGCCAUUCUUGAUAAGUUGCCAGGGGAUGUACACACAUAUUUUAGUCAGGACUCCUUGGAGGAUAAAGGCCCGGAGGAAAAUGAGUUUGAUGAAUCAUUCCCGGUGGAAUAUUUGAACUCUCUGAACAUGCCAUGUAUUCCUAAACAUGAGCUCAAAAUCAAGAUAGGAACUCCAGUGAUGCUGAUGAGAAAUCUGAACCAAAUUAAUGGGCUAUGCAAUGGUACUCGGAUGAUUGUCACGGGUUGUAAGAAGAACAGCAUUGAAUGUGAAAUAAUGUGUGGUUCACACAUUGGUACUAAGCAUCUAAUACCACGUAUUGAGAUGAUACCUACCGAGACACCAUGGCCAUUUGAUUUCAAGAGAACUCAAUUUCCUCUUCAGAUAUGUUUUGCUAUGACCAUAAACAAAAGCCAAGGACAGUCACUUGAUAAAGUAGGGAUUUUCUUACCAAGACCAGUAUUUUGUCAUGGACAGUUAUAUGUUGCAGUUUCUAGAGUUACUUCUGCUUCUGGACUUCAUAUUCUGGUGGUUAAUGACGAAGGCAAGACUACUGAUAUUACCUCAAAUGUUGUUUUUCAGGAGGUUUUUUACAACAUACCAAGUGUAGAUGCAGGUUAA